UGCAUAUGUACAAGCUUAUUAAAUUUAUUUCCAUUCCAAUAUUUCUAAUUGUGUGAUAGAAAACUUUGCCAGCUGAAGUAAUUGGUUGCAGAAUUUAAUGGAAACUGAUACAACCUUCGUGUUCAAGCAAUGAAGAGAAAGGGAAGGAUAUUGAUUGUUAUUUAUUAAGACUUGGAUUUUUAAGUUUGUUCAGGUUGUCUUCAAAAUAAUCUUGUGAAUCGAUAAUGUUCUAUUAAUGUUAAUGCUUUAUUAUAAUGUUAUAUAGAGUUCACCGGCAUUUUUAAAACAUAAGGGAGAUUAGAUUCAUGUUGCUUUCGCAAAUUUGUUCUGGAUUUAAAAAUGAUAUUUUUUUUACCAAAAUUUGAUAAACGAAAAUGCUAACUAAUUAUGCAAACAUUUGCUAAACAGAACGUACAAGCAGAAAAGAACCAUAAUAUGCGAAUAUAUCUUUUAGCCUAAGCCACCAAUAUAUAGCAAUUGUUUAAAAAUUUUCGAUUAGGUACUACAUAAAUUAUUACUGGUUUAUUUAUGGAAUAUGGGACAUUAUUAUGAACAGAUAAUUUUCUAUUUAAUAAUCGCUUAAUCAAUUCACGCGAACCUCCGAAAUUCAUUUGAUUACGAAGAAAAAUCAUAUUAUACAUCUGAUAAAGAUCAAGUGUAUUAUUUGAUUUAAGUAUCCUAGGUUGGAAAAUAAUUUUACAAAUUUUACAAUUCUACACCGUUCACAAAGUUAAAUAUGCCAUUGGGGCAAUUCUUGUAGCUACAUUACAUUUUGUAAAAUGUUGUAUUUACGUAUUUACUUUUUCAAGCAAACGCCUAUAAUUAUAGAAGAAGGGGAGUCCGGGAUUGUAAAAUUAGUUUAAGCAGGUUGGUUUACGAAUUUUUACAAAAUCAAGAUACAUGCAUAUUACAAAAUUUGUAUAAUUUGUGAUUUUCCCUGGAGUUUUAUUUAUUUUAUCAACGUUUGCCAGAUGGAUUUUACGACGUCAAAGGUGUACAAAUUUAUCUGUAACAAUUGACUGCGUGAAUUGUCUCAUUAUAUUUUAAGGUGAAAAAACUAAUUGGUGGGGAAUGCAUUGUGUAAAAUGCCAAGAUUUAAUUAAAUUUCUCACAAUUUUGGUGCAAAUGAUUCAUAAAUUUUAGAUUUCUUUUGUUUUCGCAUUUCUAAAAAUUACUUGUGUCGCCUUACUUCCUACUCCUACUGGGAAAAUAUUGGCGAGUAAAUCUUGACUGAAUCCCAUUUCAGAAACUGAUACAAAAAACAAUAACAAUUGAACAUUAUAGAAAAAGUACCCACGCUAUUUCAAACCGCACCAUAAUUUGCACUCUAAAUAAUUCGGGAAAAAUUGUUGCGAAAAAUAUACAUCAUAUUCUUGGAAAAUUGCAGAAAAUUCUACCAAUUCCAUCGAGUCGUAUAAAACCGGAAUAAUUAGCUAAUUGUUUAGACAAACUUUUAACAAAUUAUACUAACAAACUAAUAGGUUACAUAACAAAGUUAAUAAAUUAAGAAAUCUGAUGCAAUAUCUUUGCAUCAUAAAAUCUGUAACACAUCACAGUAUGUGUAUUAAUGUGUAUUAAAAUCAUUUGCUACAAAAUCGGUAGCAAAAUAUUUUACCAAAUGUACCAAUAAUUACAUAACCAAAUUGGUAAACUGGUCGUAAUAUGUAGUUUAAAAAGAUCGUUAAACUUUGAUACAUAUGUUUUUAAUUUUUGGGUAAGCACUCUGCACCAUAAUUAUGAAAAGGUUAUAAAAUGUGUGACCACUGUUGGUUCAGAUUUUAUUAAGAGUGGACGAAGCCGUCUCUAUUUUGCUCAGUCUAUUAUACUCUCACUUUCUUCCCAAUAAAAAACUCACCAAGAAACUCAACCCAUUAAAUCAAGUCAAGUUUACAAAAGUCAAGUUAUAAGGUGAAGGUAGUCGACUGACGGAAGUUGACUCACUUAUCGCCAUCCUCAUCUUUCGUAAUACUCGCAUUGAAGUAGAAAAUCUCACCUUUUUCUGUCCCCCACUACGUUUGUAAACUUUGUAAUGGACGAUUUGCAAGGCAAUCCUGCAAUACUAUUGUAAAGUAAAGGGUGCUGGCUGUAGUUUUUUAGGGGUAAGAAAUUACUCAACUUUUGAAAUUACGUAUUUGCUUCCUUUCACUUGUGGAGGGACAAGUUUGGUCCAUUAGCUCAUUCCGUUAGUUAGUUUGGUCUCAGGGGUGGUGGAUGAAAGAAGAGAUAGAUAUUUGCGAUUAGUGUGGAAAAAGGGUGUGUUUUUUUAGUUUAAGGAAAAAUUCGAGGACGUCCCCGAUUUUGUAAAAGACCAAGAAUUUUAUUUUUUGUGAAAGGUACAAAAUUUAAAAAUAAGACGACUCUAAUCUUGGCAAGUUUAAUAAACAUGUUGCAAAUUUAGUAAAACGGUUCUGAGUUUAUUAACGUGUUUGCAAAAAUCUAAUGCAAAUUUAAGUUUGAAGUAAUUGUAAAGAGGUCCAAAUAAUUUAUUAUUGUAAUAAAUCCUACGAAAAAGUUAUCGUGAUUUGUGUGUAAUUAGCUUGAUUUGAAGUGAAACAAUGUGAAACUGUGCAAAAUAAGAUAUUGGAAAUUGCAGAAUAUUUUUGACAAAAGUUUGAAAUUUGUACGCUGGAAAGAUGGGAGUUUUGCUGCAGAAUGUGCGCCAAGGGCUGAACCUCCUGUUUACGCCGGUGCUGUAUUAUGGCGUCAUGGCGAGCGUGGCGUUGCAGUUGGCGACGUGGGAGAAGGGGGACAGGACGCAGGACAAGUUUCAAGACCAAUACCAAAAUCAGGGCGACAAGUUCGACUUUAUUAUUGUGGGUGGAGGGACGGCGGGGUCGGUUUUGGCGAACCGUCUUUCGCAACAUUACAACACGCUGCUGCUGGAGGCAGGCGGGGAGCCGAGUCCGCUCCAAUUCGUGCCAGGCUUCGCCCGUGCCAUUGUCAACCACCCCCAAGUCGAUUGGAGCUACAUGACCGUGGCGCAGAAAAAAGCAUGCGCCUUCUCACCCCUCAGGAGAGCGACAUGGUCAUCCGGAAAGACGCUGGGGGGCAGCGGCUCUUUGGACUUUUUGACCUACUUGCGCGGAAAUCCGGAAGAUUUCGAUAACUGGGGACGAAUCACAGGGGACGCCUCCUGGAACUACGACAACCUUUUGAAACAUUUCCAAAAAGCGGAAGAUCUCGUUGCAAAUUCGACGGAUCCUGGCGCACAUCGCCACGGAGGAUCGCUCAGGAUUCAAAAGUCGGAUUAUCUUCCUCUCGGGAAACAAUUCCUGUCCGCGGCUGAGGAGCUGGGAUAUAAAAAUGUCGAUUUAAACGGGCAUUUCACCGAAGGUUUCGAUUACGUAUACUCGACGAUAAAGAAGGGUGAACGACAAGCCCCCGUGCGAGCAUUUCUGGACCCUGUUCGAAAGCGGAAAUCGCUGACCAUUCGAAAAUUCGCCGUUGUGUCGAAGAUCAAGUUUCGCGAGGACACGACGGCAUACGGAGUCGAGUACGAGCGUCACGGUGAGAAGUUUCUAGUUUACGCGAACCGUGAAGUUAUCUUGUCGGCAGGUGCGGUGGGCUCGCCAAAAAUUCUGAUGCUGUCCGGAAUAGGGCCCAAAAGACAUUUGGAAGAGUUCGGGGUGAAAGCAUUGGUGAAUUUGCCAGUGGGUCAGAAUUUGCAAGACCACGUGGGCACGUAUCUCGGCCCCUUUUUCAUCAACGAGCCCCUCACUUUCGCCAAGGACAGGGACAUCCGAGCCGAGAGCUAUGUCGAAUACGGGGGCCAGGGGACAGGGCCACUCAGCUACACCGGAUACAGCGCCACGGGUCUGAUCUCGUCCCUGUACGCGAAAGGUCGCGGCGAAGCGAGCUGGCCUGAUCUUCAGCUUUCCCUCUUUCCGACCACGGUGGAAAAAUCGUUUGCGACCGACCUGGCCCACACGCAUGCGCUGAACGCCGAGGUGCUCAAGAAGUACUACGCCCACGCCCUGGGGAAGCACUCCUUCCACGUCUGGCUCAACGUGGCACGACCCGCAGGCCGCGGGGAGAUCAAACUCGCCUCCCGCAACCCUGCCAACCCGCUCGUCAUCAACCCCAAGUACUUGGAAGACCCCUGGGACCUCGACGUCAAGGCAGGAGUAGAUGGACUCAAAAAGGCCCUAAGAUUGGUCGAAGGAUCCACCGCCUUCCAAAAUAUCGGAGGACGCUUCACCUCAGAAAUCCUACCGGGCUGCGAAUCCACAAAGUUCCGGUCGGACGAGUAUUUCGAAUGCUACCUGCGCCACUUCACCGUAUCCGCGUACAAUCCCGUCGGAACUUGCGCCAUGGGUCCGAAGAACUCACUCUUCGCCGUCGUUGACUCGAAACUCCGCGUCCUGGGCGUGACGGGGCUGCGAGUCGUGGACGCGUCCAUAAUGCCCGCGAUCGUGUCGGGGGGAACGACGGGGGCCACGAUAGCAAUCGCCGAGAAGGCGGCAGACAUGAUUCUUUCGCAUUGGAGCAAUCACGUCCCGCAGGAACUGGACGAUCUCCUAAACGCCGGUGUUUCUACCUUGGCGCAAGGUCACGGUCAGAGUCAUAUUUCCAAUUCGAUCGCGGACUCGGGAACGGCACACUCUGAAACAAUAGUGGCCAAGCUGGAGAAACCUGUGAAUUUGUUCUUAAAUGGGAACAAUGACGUUUUGGCGACAAAGGUCACGACCUUGGCGACGACGGCAAGUGGUAACAUGAUGAAGCAUAUGAGCCCGUUUUCUGUGACGAUAAAGACAUCCAGCCCUACACCGAUUCCAAAAUUGAAUAUUCCGACCACCACGACGCCCAAGCCGUUUUCGUUCUUGUCUUUUAUGUCGUCAACUUUGGCGACGACGACGACGACGACGAUUCCAACCACGACAACCACGCCACCACCACCGAAAACGACCAGUAAACCCGUCAUGUUGUUCAAUUUGGAGGUGAACAGUCCGACCCACAUGUCGUUUCCCAUCGUCUCUUCAACAACACGAAAACCAACGACUCAUUACCAGAAGAAGAAGCCUUUGCGGAAACUGAUUCGUCCAACGACCUCGUCGCCAAAGGAGGUCUCCGUGUCGGAAUCCUUACUCAAAACGUACGUCCCAGCAACGUCACCACCGGAAACGUCCACAAUUUCGUCGUACUACCCGGCACAACUUAUUUCCUCGGAUUUUCCCGUGCGACAAAUCUACCCCGACGUUCCGACAACGUAUCGUCCCGAAAUUGUCAUGAUUGACCCGGACAACGAAUCCAUCCUCGAAAGUCUCGACCCUGUCAAACAGUCGCCCUUACCUCCGAAGGUCAUGACCCAGUUCAAAAUCGAGCCCGCCAUCGAAGAAGCCUCAACCACGAAACCCAUCAUGUACCAGAUCGUGGGAAAUGUGGCUGCCAGCCAAAACAUCCCGUCCUACCAGUACCACCCGAUAGUCGCCAAUUCGCCACCAAGAUUCCAUCGACAGCAGUUCUACACGGCUAAAAAUCCAUCGCCCACAUUCUUCCGGAUGUCGCCACCGCCACUGUCGCCACAAGGUGUCGCCACGUCAAGCACGACGACAAGUUCGCCUGUCCCGUUCCAGUUCAACUUUCCACAAGAGGUCUUGGACAAUGUUGAGUUCGACCGCUUUACACGGCAUCAAAAUGGGAACCGAUAUCUUGAAAAACCGAUAAAAACCCAUACUCACCAACACCCGGGUAAAGUCGUGAGGCGAGUACCAAAACCGAGUCUGAGUCAGAGUCAGAGUCAAAUCCAGGCGAAAAUCAUGGCCGGGUUGAGACGCUUCAUUCCUGGAAGGGGUCAAGGUCAAGGUCAAGGUCAGACUAUGGUUCAACCGGCGAAUGUUGUUUACCAAGGCGAGGACAGCGUGGGAUCGGGAAGCGACCACAAUUACGAGUCUUUUGGGCGGAUAAUUUUCAAUAAGUUGCGGGAAAGGAAGCAUAAUCAGUGGAGGAGGUAUCACCAGAUAAGUCAACCACACCAGAUGAUAAGCACCACUUAUCACACAAUUCCACAAAGUAGUUAUAUCAACGCUAAUUAAUUAAGCUCGCACUGAAAUUUAAAUAUUUUUGAUAUUUUUUUUACCAUUAAAUCUUAAAAACUUGUUGACUUGUUUUAACUAUUGUUAUAUAUUUUUUGUAUUAAUAACGAGUGCGUGCGUGUGAACUAGUCGGAUGGAAUAUUUUAAUGGUUUCUGCAAUUUCGUUUAGUUCUGUAGGUAGUAUUUUCAUUUUGUUAAAUAGUUUCAUGGACAGUCGAUUUGAAUGAUUUUUUAUCUAAUGCCUCCGUUAUUUGUUGUUAUUACCUAUAAUUACAUAUAGAGAAGUUUUGUUCAAGUAAAAAAA